UUUCAUGUUACUAUAAAGUCUGUUACAGUGGUUGCUUUAUUUCUGUUUUGUCUUCAAAGGAGAUCUGGAAAGUCCAAUGACGGACAGGUGAAAUAAAAGAUCCGUGAUCCAGUGAAAGACAGAGAAAUAACAGAAACUACUUCACCUAACAGAGGAGGGGGAAGAAAGAGACCAGGGAACACUCUGAACAUGGCCUCAGAGAUCCACAUGCCAGCCCCAGUGUGCCUCAUUGAGAAUAAUGGAGAGCAACUGGUGGCUAAUCAGGAAGCUUUGGAGACCCUGGCAGCCAAUAAGAAUCCUCUUGUUGUGGUGGCUAUUGUGGGCCUCUACCGCACAGGCAAAUCCUACCUGAUGAACAAGCUGGCUGGAAAGAACAAGGGCUUUUCUCUGGGCUCCACAGUACAGUCUCAUACCAAAGGAAUCUGGAUGUGGUGUGUGCCUCAUCCCAAGAAGCCAAAUCACACCUUAGUUCUUCUGGACACUGAGGGCCUGGGAGAUGUAGAGAAGGGUAACAACCAGAAUGACUCCUGGAUCUUUGCCCUAGCAAUACUCCUGAGCAGCACCUUUGUGUACAAUAGCAUGGGGACCAUCAACCAGCAGGCCAUGGACCAACUGCACUAUGUGACAGAGCUGUCAGAUCGAAUCAGGGCGAAAUCCUCCCCUAAUGCCGAUGGGAUUGAAGAUUCGGCUGACUUUGUGAGCUUCUUUCCAGAUUUUGUGUGGACACUGAGGGAUUUUUCCUUAGAUUUGGAAGCAAAUGGACUACCUAUCUCAGCAGAUGAGUACCUGGAGAAUUCACUCAAGCUUAAACAAGGUACUACUCAAAGUGAUCAAAAUUUUAAUCUGCCCCGUCUCUGUAUCCGGAAGUUCUUUCCAAAGAAGAAAUGCUUUAUCUUUGAUCGACCCACUCACCGGAAGAAGCUAGGCCAGCUUGAGACAUUGCAUGAUAAUGAGCUGGAUCCUGAAUUUGUGCAACAAGCUGCAGUCUUCUGUUCCUACAUCUUUAGCAAUUCCAAAAUUAAAACCCUUUCAGGAGGCAUCAAAGUCAAUGGACCUCGUCUAAAGAACCUGGUGCUGACCUAUGUCAAUGCCAUCAGCAGUGGGGAUCUGCCCUGCAUGGAGAAUGCUGUCCUGGCCUUGGCCCAGAUCGAGAAUGAAGCUGCAGUGAAAAAAGCCAUUGCCCACUAUGACCAGGAGAUGAGCCAGAGGGUGCAGCUGCCCACGGAAACCCUCCAAGAGCUGCUGGACCUGCACAGGGCCUGUGAGAAAGAGGCCAUCGAACUCUUCAUGAGCAGUUCCUUCAAAGAUGUAGACCAUUUAUUUCAAAAGGGCUUAGCGGCCAAACUAGAAAAAAAGCGAGAUGACUUUUGUAAACAGAAUCUGCAAGCGUCAACAGAUCGUUGCUCAGAUUUACUUAAGGAUAUUUUCAGUCCUCUAGAAGAAGCUGUGAAGCAGGGGGUUUAUUCUAAACCAGGAGGGUAUCGUCUCUUCAUCCAGAAGAUGCAAGAGCUAAAGAGAAAAUACCUUCAGAAACCUAGGAAGGGGAUACAGGCUGAAGAGGUUCUUCAGGAAUACUUGAAGUCCAAGGAGUCUGUGACUGAUGCCAUUCUACAGACAGACCAGACUCUCACAGAAAAGGAAAAGGAGGUUGAAGUGGAACGUGUGAAAGCCGAAUCUGCACAGGCCGCAACAAAAAUACUGGAAGAAAUGCAAAUAAAGAAUCAGCAGAUGAUGGAACAGAAAGAAAGGAGCUAUCAGGAACAUGUGAAACAAUUAACUGAGAAGAUGGAGAGGGAUAGAGCCCAGUUGCUGGAAGAACAAGAGAGAGCUCUAGCUUUAAAACUUCAGGAACAGGCCCGUCUACUAAAGGAAGGAUUCCAAAAUGAGAGCAAACGACUUCAUAAUGAGAUACAAAAUCUCCAGAAGAACAUGGAAAAGCCAAGGAAAAUAUGCCUCAUAAGCUGAAGACCGAAAGAAUAGAGCUUUUCUGGUCACUCUUACCCAAGGCAUAACUUAAUUUUUGAAUUUGUAAAAAUAUCAUUACAUUUGAAAGUAAUCAGGUCUUGCCUUUUUCUAACACUAGAAAUUUGCAAAGACAUGCAGUACUAUAAU